AUGGAUUCCGACGAAAUUCCACCCAAGACUGUCCCCUCCUAUUCCAACCCACUCAAGACUGUCCCCUCCUAUUCCAACCCACUCAAGACUGUCCCCUCCUAUUCCAACCCACUCAAGACUGUCCCCUCCUAUUCCAACCCACUCAAGACUGUCCCCUCCUAUUCCAACCCACUCAAGACUGUCCCCUCCUAUUCCAACCCACUCAAGACUGUCCCCUCCUAUUCCAACCCACUCAAGACUGUCCCCUCCUAUUCCAACCCACUCAAGACUGUCCCCUCCUAUUCCAACCCACUCAAGACUGUCCCCUCCUAUUCCAGCCACCUGUAG